AUGCCAGGAACACAAUUCCCAUACCCACGAAAGUCGUCAACGCCGACCGCAUACACACCGCAGCGCUCAAUACCGCUGCAUCAGCGACGGAACAUCAAGAAUGUGGCAACAUACAUCGUCGGCGGCUUCACCCUCCUCUUCUUCGUGAUAUGGCUGCUGGGCGGCGGCUCCCCCAAGGGACCACGGAUACCGCUGGGCACACCAGAGGUAGUCAUCGUGACACCUCUUGAUCCGAACCUCAGUCAGAGCAUGGUGGACAAGAUACAGGAGAACAGGAAGGAUUACGCGGCACGGCAUGGAUAUGCGACGUUCUUCCCCAACACCACCGACUACGACCUGAUGCCCAGUGUCCCUUUGACCUGGAGCAAGCUGCCGAGCAUGAGACAUGCGUUGACACUGUGGCCGGAGGCGGCGUGGCUGUGGCAUCUCUCCAGCGAAGCACUCAUCAUGAGCCCGGGUGAGCCACUGCGCAACAAGCUUUUGGACCCGCAGACGCUGGAGAGUCUGAUGAUCGUGGACAAGCCCGUCGUGCCGCCGGAUAGUGUUAUCAAGACAUUCUCGCACAUAAGGGGUGAGAGGGUGGACUUCAUCCUGACGCAGGAUCAGGAGGGGCUCUCGGUGGGCAGCUUUCUGGUGCGGAACGGGGAGUGGGCGAAAUUCUUCCUGGAUGCUUGGUUUGAUCCGCUCUACCGGAGUUACAACUUUCAAAAGGCCGAGGAGCAUGCUCUCGAGCAUAUCGUGCAGUGGCAUGGCACGAUUCUGGCCAAGCUGGCGUUGGUUCCACAGCGGAUCUUCAACAGCUACAUACCGGAACCCGACAUGCGGAAUACGUACACUGAUGGUCAAUACCAACAAGGCGACUUCAUUGCGAACUUCCGAGGAUGUCAGAAAGACCCGACACGCAGUUGCGACGAGGAGAUGGCUCCGCUGAUGAGCCGAUGGCGGGAGCUCAGAGACUCCCAAUGGAAGAGGUGA